ACAUCAGCGGGCGCUGUUGCUGCAGCCUGCACGAGAGGCAGUAGUCUUUCUCUCGAGUAAGGAGUGAUGUGCUUCAAAGCUGUCCCAAUCCUCUUCCUCUUGGUUGUGGCGGUGGCGGUGGCAGUAGUGAAAGGAUACCCAUACUUUACCAAACAGGACCACCACUCGCAGGACGUCGAGCAAUACGACUUGGCAAUGUCUGUUGUAAUCAACCAAAUAGCCUUACUGAAAUUGCUGAAUAAAUCUUCCAGCCAUGUUUCACGUGAACCUUGGUUGCAGGAGCUGCAGAUGAUGAAGAAUAAUGCAAUAAGCGAGAUACAAGAUUUAUAUAUGAAUGUUAAAAAUCAGUUGCAGGCGAUGGUCGAUGAAGCAAGGAAUGAAUUUCAAACAGUGAAUGCCCAGACUUCUAUCGCUGUUCAGGAACAAUCUGAUAAUGGAAGAGCAAACACCCUCCACAAUGACACUAAUCUGUCCCUGUGCGGAAUAUUCAAAGUGUUGAACGGAAGUAGUGGUUCUUUAGCUCCAACCACGGUUCCGCCCUACCUUGACCGUACGUUCUGUUCCUGGGAAGUAAGGCUGCCCGAGGGAACCAAACCAGAAUUCUCCUGGGUUUACUUCGGAAUUGAGGAUUGCGAUUCGUGCAGUUGUGAUUAUGUAAAAGUAUGGGAUCCAGCCGUAUCGACCGGAGAUAAAAUGUGUGGCUUUGCUCCCUCGGCCCUCCACAGCAUGUACAAGAUUAACAACAACAUUUUUCGUGUUUUGUUCUAUGCUGAUGAAGGUGGCAAUGACAUAGGCUUCCGUCUAAACUAUCGCGCCAUCAGGAGUUGAGAUUGGAACAACGAUCCAUUUCCUGCUACCAUCAGAGAAUAAAAGCAGCAGCAGCAUAAAUUAAUAGAUAAGGUGUGUGUGUGUGUGUGUAAGAGAGAGAGAGAGAGAGAGAGAGAGAGAGAGAGAGAGAGAGAGAGAGAGAGAGAGAGAGAGAGAGAGAGAGAGAGAGAGAGAGAAAGUUGUGAUAAGACUUCAGAUGAAAGAUCAAAAGUUUUCUUGCUUGAAGUAUUUUUUUUUUUCCAUAUAAUUAUUUCCUCUAUAUAAAGAUGUUUUCAAAUGUAUUGAUGUGUUGUACAAACGAGGAAAUUUUUUUCUUUAUUUUACAUGCUAAAACUACAGAAGAAGUUUUGUACCAUAAUGACUUCCUAGGAUAGUCUGUGCAUCUGCUUCCCACUCUGAGGGCGGCGCUGAGUCAUGCUGCGCUGACUCUUGAUCAAUUGUCAAGUUGUACUAAUAACUGUAAUAAAAGAAAAGUAAACCAG